GGAGAGGAGAGGAGAGGAGCGGCCAGCCUUUUCCAGCAUCCGCAUCCAGCAAAGCACACGCAGCCACUCCCCGGUGACAACGGACAAGCAAUGACCGGCCACAACGGCAGCCAGCCCUGGGCCCCGGUGGCGCCCCUGGCGGGCGUGGCCCUGCAGGUGCAGGAGGUCUACCCCUUCCACGACGGCUGGAACGUGGCCUGCUUCGUCAUCCUGCUCCUCUUUGUCCUGACGGUGGUGUCGCUGGCCGCGCUGGCCUUCCUGUACGAGCUGCUGGACUGCGGCUGCUGCGCCAAGGGCAAGACAGCCCGCGAUCUGCGCGAGGAGCCCGGCCCCUUCCGCUCCGUCAUGGAACGCGUGCGCGGCCGCCACGUGGAGGUGGUGUAGCAGCCGCCGCCCUGCCCCGCCCCCCCUGAUGGGAGGAGUCAGGUCGCAGGCCCCGCCUGCCGCCUUCACGCCCCUGACCGACCCCACCCCCCCACCUCCUGCGAGGAGACGGGAACGCAAUCAUCUUCAGUUCAAAGCACAGACCAUAACGGAAUCUGUGGAGGAAGAGGAGGAGGAGGAGGAGGAGGAAGAAAAAGGAGAUGCCAACAACCCGUGGCGGACCUGUGUUUCGUCAUCUGACAUUUCAUCAACGGCACCGCGUACCACGUCACCCCACCUAGAAUACGAUGCGCCAGAUUCCCCUGUGACCGAGCCGAUCCCAGACGAUCACUUCUGAGUGGGUGCUGUAACGCAACAGGAAACCUCCAGGGCCAAGGCAGCUCCUGCUUCCCGCUCCAGGCUACCAACAGCUACCACACAAUUGUACUGCUGUAUCGCAACAUCUCGCUCCCUUUCUCGACAUCCUGAACAUCCGUGAGAUAUAAACAUGUCGUACCAAAUGUAAUAAUGUCACACUGGUACCCAGCAUUGCCUUAUCUGAAUACCACCGCGCUUCUCAAACAGCUUUACUGAGGUGGGAGCCAGGGAAUGCCAAUCUGCAGCGAGUUCAGCUUCAACCGCAGCAUGUUCAAACUGCAGCUGAGGCCAAUGCAACUGCCAUUCCUGCAUUGCCUUGCCCGUUCAGAGCGCUUACAGUAAUAUCUGAAAGGAAGGGACUACCUACAACUCAAAAGCAGUUCUGGAGAAAUCUCUGUGGCUCUAAUGUGAAUAUCGCACUGUAACGUUGUAUAGUUCACGUCACCUGAAUUGCUACCGAAGCAGGAGACUUUCGAGGUGACAUCCCUAAUAGCACCUGUGUCACAAAUGUUUACAGCAGCUCUCCUUUCUUUUUAACUUGGUAAACACACAAGAAAGUUUCUCUUUUCUAAGAAAAAAAAAAAAAGAUGUUUGAAAAAUGACCUGUGUCUCUUUUUAUCCCUUUAUUGCAUAAGUCUGCAUUUAGCCUACA